AGAACACGAACAGAUCCACGUCGGUUUAGCUUCCGGCAAACAUUUCAGACAAGUUAGAAGAAUAAUCUGAUAAAUUAAGUUAAGAAAACAUAUUUAUUUGACAUGGGGCUUUGUAAAUGCCCGAAGAAGAAAGUAACUAACUUGUUUUGCUUCGAACACAGAGUAAAUGUCUGUGAAAACUGUUUAGUCGCAAAUCACCAAAAGUGUAUAAUUAAGUCAUAUCUACAAUGGUUACAAGACAGUGACUACACUCCUUUAUGUGUUCUGUGUGAUAAGAAUCUGUCUGAUGAAAAUUGUGGAGAAUGUGUACGACUGACAUGUUAUGAUGUUUUUCACUGGUUUUGUUUAAACAAAUAUGCCCAACAGUUGCCUUCCAACACAGCACCAGCUGGUUACACUUGCCCGUGUUGUAAAGCAGGAAUAUUUCCUGCACAGAAUGUGGUAUCACCUGUAGCUGAACACCUGAAAGAGUACCUGUCUAAAGUUAAUUGGGCUAGAGCUGGAUUGGGGUUACCUUUGAUAGAAGAAACAGAGGCUCCAGUGCAACCACCUUCAAAGUUUGAAGAGACCAAGACCACACAAGAUACUCCAGUCAAAAAAGAAUAUGCACAAACCACAUCCUCAAGUCCCAAAACAACACCUAAUCAUACACGUCCCAGUGCACAUGUAGCACCAACAGUCAGUUCAAACACACACCAUAGUGUUAUAAGUGUAGAUACUGGUACAUCAGUUAGAGGCUCUGAUAAAGCUUAUGGUGUUGUAGAUCCAAGAAAAGUCUUUGACACAACAAAAGAUGAUUAUUUAAAUCUAUCAAGUGACCAUGAUGACAACAAAUACAGAAGGAGAUCAGCCAUGGAAUGGUUAAAGAAUUGGCUGAAAUCAAGGGAUGUUAAAGGAAAGAAGAAAGAUCCAGCAGCUGUGAGGAAGAAAUUCUUUUUAGUUUUAUUAAUUGGACUUAUAGGUUUUAUUACUGUGAUUAUCAUAUUCCAUAGACUAGGCAGAGAAGGUUCAGAUGAUGACCCUUUAUUAGAUAUGAUGGCUAAUCCAAACAUUAGAGUCAAUGAAAACAGAGGUCAAGUGUUAGGAGAGUAAUUUGUUUUUUUAAUUAUUUAUAUGUUUUUUCUGUAUUAAAACAUAGAUGCUUGGUACUUAGACCCCCCUUUUUUGUUGUCUAAAUUUUUAUCUUUAGUAAUCUAAUGUGUUCUUGCUCUUAUCCAUAUGGCAUUAAAAGAAUAUUAAGAAGAGAGAGGCAUAAUAUAUUAACUACUGUAAUUGUAAUGUCGUAUGGAUAACAGCAAGACUAUAUUAAAGAAAUAAAGUAAAAAUAAGAAGAUUUACUGAACCAAAAAAAAACGCCAAAAAAUAGAAAUAGAAAAAGGGAGAUCCAUGCGUCAAGCAUCUGUGUAUUGGAUGUUAUACAUGUUAACCUGUUAUAAUUGUGGUGCAUAUUUAUGUUCACUUAAGAUGCUUUGUUACUAGAUUGUGUUGAAGGUUGUUUUUUUCAAGGUGGUAUACAUACAGAAAAUGUAAUCAAAACAGGGAAUAUAAAUACAGGUAAUGAAAUAUGGCUGCAGUAUCAUAGAUGUAUUUGAUUUUCAUUUUUCAUAUUUAAAUCAAAAGCAUUUCCUUGUGUUCCUUUGAAACAAAUACAAUGGUAGAUGGACAUUUACUGCUUCCACAAGAAAAAUAUGUUUGUAAUGCUCUUCAGAAAUUACUGGUUCUGUGAAAUUUGGAGCUUAAUAGAAUCUGUAUUAUUGCUCAAAAAGAAUCUGUACUACUGUGAACUUUGAAGCUUAACAAAGUCUUUCUUUUUGUAAAUUCAGAGCUAAAUAGAGUCUGUUUUAAGGAAACUUACACAAAAAAGCUUGUAUAAAUGCAACUUUAAAAUGUAUCAUUAAUAGCAUUUGGUAUUCAUUAUAUAUGUGGUCACAUGUCUGAUAAAAAAUAUGCUCAUAUUAUUUCAUUAUCACUUAAAUGUCUAUGAGCAAAAAGCUUUCAGUCAUAAAACAACUUAUCAUGACAGUAAACACAGACAAGAUGUUAUCAGUGGUUAUGUUGGCAAAUUGGUUGAAAUGAUAUUUUAAGUAGCUGAUGUUAAGAUUUCAUUUUGAUAGUGCAAAAAUUGAAAAUACCUAGUGAAUAAAAAACAAAAGAUUUAAAUAUACAUAAUUAUCAUUGCUUAUGUUUUAAAUCACCUCAAUUUAGAAUUGAAAACUGACACAUAACUCUCACUUUUUACCUAUUAUCUUUUCAUUGUUCAUUGAUUUUUGUUUUAUAUCUGAUUUUUAGUUAAAACUAUGUUUAAAAUAAUUGAUAAACAAUUAAAGAUUUAAUUAUUCUUUACAAUCUGUUAUCUGUGUUUAUCUGUACUUUUCAGGCCUUUCUAAUUUAAUCAUCUCAAAAAAUAAAAGUUAAGUAUGUUUUGUUCUGCCUCUUUCAUUGUCAACUGAUAUUGGUGUCAGACAACAGGUUCAUAUAAACACUGAAGUUAUUUAUAAUGAGUUUUUGUAGAAUUGUAGUUAUUUUCGAAAUUACUGAUAUAAUGAUUAACUGCAUGGUAUUAUAUCUGUAUUGUAGAUCAUUAUUUAUUCCAUUCAUAUGCACCACAGGCACUUGUCUCAGAAAAAAAAUUUCCUAUAUACCUUAAUAAUUUUUUCUGAGACAAGUGCCUGUGAUAUGCACAAAGAGAACAGAACAUUAAUUUUGGCUUUGGAGGAAAUUGCACAACAAAAUUCUACGUGAAAAUACAUUAUAAUAAGGCUUUUAAAUUUUGAUUUUGGCUAAAUUAUCAGGAUAUGCUUUGUAGGUGUUGGGGGUGGGGGGGGGGGGACAAUGGGACCAACAAUGCUUAAUUGUAUAUAUUAAUAUAGUGCUUAUAAGACUGUAAUAUUGAGUCUUAUUGACACAAUUCAUUUCAAAACAUUUUUCAAAAUCAUAAAAUAUAUUAUUAUACAGCCAUAAUACAGGAUUAUACAAUUUGUUAUCACUUGACCUAAGCAUUAACAUAAUGAUGAUUUGUAUUGAAACCCCAAAAAAGAAGAAUUUUUUAUGAACUUUUCAAUAAAUUAUUCAUAGGUAUAUUCAUCAUAUAAAGAGGCCUUAAAACUUGUAUGUUUAGGUUAAUCAUAUAUUCUUUGAUUCUUUUUUGACAUACAGGUAUACCCUAAUUUUCAUGCCCCACCUACCAUAGGAGAGGGGCAUUAUGGUUUUCGGUCUGUGCGUUCGUCCGUCUGUCCCGCUUCAGGUUAAAGGUUUUGGUCAAGGUAGUUUUUGAUGAAGUUGAAGUCCAAUCAACUUGAAACUUAGUACACAUGUUCCCUAUGAUAUGAUCUUACUAAUUUUAAUGCAAAAUUAGAGUUUUGACCCCAAUUUCACAGUCCACUGAACAUAGAAAAUGAUAGUGCGAGUGGGGCAUCCAUGUACUAUGGACACAUUCUUGUUUAUCAUGUUUUCUGUACACGCAAUGUUAAAGUAAGAUUUUUUUCUAAAGAUAUUUAAAAAAAAAUUCCUUCUGACCAUACCUGAUAUAUCAGCAUGUUGCCUUAAACACACAUUCUGUUUGAGAGCAAACUCAAUAAUAUGAUUUUUAAUUCUCAUAGAAGAGAAGGUAUGAUAAGACCACUCUUAUUACUCCUUAAAUUCCAAAGAAGAAAAAAGUAUAAUAUAUCUAUCAAAUAACUUUCUUCAGAUGUUCUUAAGACUUAAGUCUGUCAGAUAUUGGCAAUUAUAUUGAUGAAUUUUGCCAUACAUAUGUGCUCUAUGUGACUUCAGAUACUUGCUUCAAAUGCAAAUUGCAUCAACUGCCGAAAUAGCCAUAUUUUGAGAGCUUUUGUAAAUUGUAAUAUUUCAAUAUGAGCCAUGGCCUUGUUCAAAAAGGUAUUUGCUAUAAAAGAUGUAUUAUACACAAUUAUUAAUGUGGAUCUAUCAUUUUCCCCAUAACUAUGUGUAAAAUGGUCAUUUUUUUACAAACAUAUCCAUUUUAAAAUGUUCAUGAUGUCAAUGACAUCAAAACUGACAUCUCUGGACUAAGUGUUUAGAUUCUAUCUACUUAUUCAUUAAGAAUUAACACAAUUUUGAAAGGAUUCAUUGAAGAAUUUGUCUAUUUUUGCUAUUUCAGAGAGGAAAUUAUGGUCACCAUGCUUCCUCCUCUAAGUUAUAUGUACUUUUUCUUAAAGAUAUUUAAAUGCUUAAUGUUAUGAAUAAAGAUCUUUAUAAAAGUCUUAA